CCGCAUUACUGUUGCUCUUAGCAAACCUAUUUGCAUCUUCUCGAUAUCCCUAAAGCCUUAACUUAGGGUUUAUUCGAUCUGCUUCACCUCAAUUCCCAGCCCCGACACGUAUUCAACGUCGUUCAGCUCUAAUUCAAAGAUGGUUCCAGAUCUGACUUAUGAACCUGCUAUUUACUGUAAUUGUGGGUUAAAAUCUCCGUUGUAUGUUGCCAGGGAGAAUGGCUGGAAAUUUUACGGGUGUCAACGUUGGAAAGAAGGAGGAUGUGGAUUCUUGACUUGGGAAAAGGAAGGUGGAAACAACAAUGAGUCUUCUGAAUCAGACUUCCAGGAGGUAAAGAAUUUUCUGGUUCAGUUGAGAGAUGAAAUACAGUCUCUUGGUCGCGAGCUUGCUGAAAGUGCAGAAAGGAGAAAAUAUAAUUCACUGGCUAUAAUUGUAGUAAUGAUAGUUGUGGUAGCAACAACUGUCAUGAAAAUUGUACUAGAAAGCAGUAAAUGAUAGCUAUGGUAGGUGUAGUUAGUGAGGUGCUGUGGUAGUUCAUUAGGGCUGUGGUGGUACUAUUAUGGCUGUGUUAAUUGUAGUUGGUAGUCUAGAAUUUGCAGCAAUGUGUAUGACAAUAUGUCUCUUAUUAUCUUAAAUUUGGUUAUUUGGAUGUGUGAAUUUGAUGGUGUUUAAAGCCUUGUUUAUAUAUGUCUGUAGCCUUGUUUGUGAAAUUUUAUUUAUGUAUUGUGGAA